UCAAUCCCAACUUGCUUCCAAGUUCCUUCCCCUGCUAGUAAAAAGCCUAAACAAUCAAGAGAUCACUACCGAUGGCAAUGGAGAAGCUUUACUUAAUCUUGGUUGCCUUGGUAGUCUUCUUGUUGGCUAGCAGGGUAACAUCUCAACCUGCUCUUGCUCCUGGUCCGGAUAGUCAACCCCUUGAUGUGAAUUACCUUUUAGAUCCAGAGAAGUUUCUUGAAGUUUGUUCACUUUUUAAACACAUAACUGAUGAUAACUGUGAGCAAGCCAUUUACGAAACCGUAAUUUAUAGUACAAAAGAAAUUAUCACCAAGGACUGUUGCAAGCAGCUUGUUUCUUUCGGGCGUAAAUGUUUUAAAGCCUAUGUGAAUUCACUGAAGUAUACAUCAUUAUCGGGCACUACUGGAGCUGUUGUGGACAUGCACAAGGUGGAGUCAAGUGGAGCAGAUGUUUUGCGUAUGGGGGAUGAAGUUUAUUAUCUGUGCACUUUAAAAAUCAAAGAAUAAUACACAAUUGCUCCUUCCUCUUCUAAAUAAGACUUGUUCCUUCCUUUCUCUUUUCUUAUGGUAUUUGUCUAUUAUCCAUUCUCAUAAUAAUAAUAAUAAUAAUAAUAAUAAUAACAAUAAUAAUAAUUAAAAAUUAAU